AUGUGUCUUCUGCUCUCCAGGUUUGUGACAUCUCAACGAGACCCAACCACUGACCCAGUGGUCCUGUGGCUGAACGGUGGCCCAGGGUGCAGCUCAUUGGACGGGUUCCUCGCUGAAAACGGACCUUUGCACGUGAAUGAAAAUGGACAGACCCUCUACAUUAAUGAGUUCAGCUGGAACAAGGUGGCCAACAUGCUGUACCUGGAGUCUCCUGCUGGCGUUGGCUUCUCCUACUCCGACAGCGGAGACUACACCACCAACGAUAAAGAGGUUGCGGAGAACAACUACCUGGCUCUGCUGGAUUUCUUCAGGAAGUUCUGGAAUUUCACCAAGAAUGACUUCUACGUGUUUGGCGAAAGUUACGGUGGGAUUUACGUGCCAACGCUGAGCUUGAAGAUCGCAAAUGGUCCAGCAAAAAUCAAUCUCAAGGGGUUUGCUGUUGGCAAUGGACUGAGCAGUCUGUAUUACAACGACCAGUCGCUGGUUUACUUCGCGUAUUACCAUGGACUCCUCGGAGAAGAUCUCUGGUACAACCUGAAUCAGUUCUGCUGCGAGGAUGGAACCUGCAACUUCUACAACAACACUGCCAAGGCCUGCAGUGACUUGAUCCGGGAAGUCAGCUCCAUCAUCUUCAACAGUGGACUGAAUCUGUACUCGCUGUACAUGGACUGUGCUGGAGGAAUGCAGAAAGGCACUGCACGCUUUGACACAGACAUGAAAAAUCUCUUCCAAUUUUACCAGUUUGAAAUGGUGGUGACAAGAGAAAAGGCCGGUUAUAUGGACCCCAUGUGCAUCGAUGGCACAGCCCAGCGGACCUGGCUGAAUCGUGCUGACGUAAGGGCAGCACUGAACAUCCCGACACACGUCCAGCGCUGGGAGCUCUGCAGUCAAGUGGUUUCUGGGAGCUAUAGGCGCAUCUACACCAGCAUGCAUGACUUCUACCUGUCUCUCCUGAGUAAGGGUCUGCGUGUGCUCGUCUACAAUGGGGACACCGAUAUGGUCUGCAACUUUCUGGGAGGCAACUGGUUUGUGCAGUCACUCAAUCAGGCGAAAACGGUUGAGUACCAGCCAUGGAUUUGCGAUAAACAGAUUGCUGGGUUCUACGAACAGUAUGGAAACCUUACCUUCUUGACCAUCAAGGGAGCUGGACACAUGGUACCACAGUGGGCACCCGCGCAGGCUUUGAAGAUGUUCGAGUCCUACCUCUCCAACACUCAGUACUGAGACAGCGCCCGUCCACGGUUUCCCAGCCCAAUGAUUGGCUGCUUUUCCUGCUUCUCCUAUGACAAUAGGCUUUUAAUCACAGAACACGGACUAGAGUAACCGGCACCAAGCUAAGCCAAGUGCUGGCAGUAAACCUGGCUCGGAACAGAGGCCAGACCAGGCUGAUGUGUGCAAUAUAUUUUCAACAAAACUGAGCAACUUCUAUUUAUUGAAUGAAAUGGAAGGGUCUUUAAUUUGUUCAGCCUGGUGCUGUUGCUUUUUCAGAUUAGAAAAUCUUGUUCCAGAUUUGGCCAUUUUGCCAGUCAAAUGAAGUGCACAAACUAAUCAGUUCCUUGCAUCUGCAUCAAUGUUUUAAUUUGAGGAUGUGAUUGAAAUGUCUGUGACAUUUGGACAAAUUGGCCACUCUUACCUCUGCUGGGAAGGGGCAGGAAUCCCCCACGUUAUAACACAUUUUUCUGGGGAUUAAUGAUUGGUUUACGGGAAGGGUCAUGGGGAUAACUUGUCCUAUAUGUAGUUGGACAGGGUACCUCCAGGUCUCUGCUUCCUUAUUCUGUAACAUCGUCCCUGUAAUUGUCCUCUGCUUCCCAGCACACAGAUCUGAGCUCGGUUCUGGGGAGGUGGAGUGUGCACAGAGCCCCCUUGGUAAGCGAGGUUGGAGUUACAAGAGCACCAGGUUCAAAAUGGGCCGAGUUUACGUUGACAAUCAUGUUGACCUGGCUGCUGCUCUCUGGAAUCCUCUAUGUUCAAAAACUAGUAACUGUAUAGAACGAGGCAACAAUCUGGAGGAACUCAGCAGGUCGGGCAGCUUCCGUGGAAAUGAGCAGUCAACG